AUGGGGUCGGCAUUCAGCUACACGGCGGCGGCCUUCGGCGACAAGGGUCGUGAGAAGGUGAUGCGCCGCAAGAAGCCACUCGACACCUGCGACGACCUGAUCGACCAGCCAUCGCGAGACUUGUUGAUCACGGCAGACAAGACCAAGCAGAGCAAAAUAUUGGGAAUCAACAGCGGAAGGGACCCAGCCGACCCCCUCCCCGAAUUCAGGCGGCUGGAUGACUGCACCCGGUACACGAAGGUGGGCAACCAAAUCUGGGAGAGGAAAGGCGACGAAUUCAGCGCGGAGCAGUUGGAGAUUCGCAUGGAUUUCCACUGCACACUGAUAAGCAAGCACCAGGACUUCCUGAUGGCAUCGCAGGUUCCCAUGGCAUCGCCAGAGGUGCGGGGGCUCGCCACCAAGCUUACAUGCCGAAGGGAAUGUUCAAGCACGCUAUUCAUUCCUUCCUCGCACUCCUACGCCUACAACUCCCAAUCUUUGGAAUUUAUGACGGCGUUCAUCCUCCACGCGUACAGAAUGCUAUGUUCGCUGGAAACGGCGGUCCCGAGGCUCGACGAGAAGUGGGCUAAAUGGAUAGGAGAUAGACUGACACACGAACGCUGCGUAGAGCUAUCACUCUCAGCGUCAGCCGAGUUAGUGAACAGCCCUGGCAAACUAGCCCGGGAGCACUACACUCGGGUUCUGUACAAGUGCAGCACUGUUGGUCAUAUCUACUACUACCUCGCCCUCCUGGCGUGGGCCCAGGUGAGCCAGGCGAAUGAUUCGAACGCAUCGUUCGACGCCCGGGUGUCGCAGUUCUUCUACUACACCAAGGCCCUCUUGGUCGCUACCCCGUUCUUCGCCGGGCGGGUGAGGGCUGCUGUCCGCUGCCAACCCGAUUGUCACCCAGGGCUCGUAGACCCAAACCGACAAGGACAGCUUCCUGACCAGCAAGGAAGCUUGCUGCCGCCUAGCAUGUGA